GGUCUCCCCGCAGCGGAUGGAGGCCAUGCUGGGCGCCUUCCAGAGCGACCUGAGCGCCAUCAGCGCGGAGAUCCGCACCCUGCAGGAGCAGUCGGGCGCCAUGAACCUGCAGCUGCGCAACCGGCAGUCGGUCCGCGGCCGCCUGGGCCAGCUGCUGGACGGGCUGGUGGUGCCCUCCGCCCUCGUCUCGGCCAUCGUGGAGGCUCCGGUGACGGACCCGGCUUUCCUGGAGCAGCUGCAGGAGCUGGACGCCAAGGCGGCCGCCGUGCGGGAGCACGAGGCCCAGGGGACGGCCGCCUGCGCCGACGUCCGCGGGGUCCUCGACCGCCUCCGCCUCAAGGCCGUGACGAAGAUCCGGGAGUUCGUCCUCCAGAAGAUUUACUCCUUCCGGAAGCCGAUGACCAACUACCAGAUCCCGCAGACGGCCCUGCUCAAAUAUAGGUUCUUCUACCAGUUCCUGCUGGGGAACGAGCGCGCCACGGCCCGCGAGAUCCGCGACGAGUACGUGGAGACGCUCAGCAAGAUCUACCUCUCCUACUUCCGCUCCUACACGGGCCGGCUGAUGAAGGUGCAGUACGAGGAAGUUGCGGAGAAGGAUGACCUGAUGGGAGUGGAGGAUACGGCCAAGAAAGGCUUCUUCUCCAAGCCUUCGCUGCGGAACCGCAACACCGUCUUCACCCUGGGGACCCGGGGGGCCGUCAUCUCCCCCGCCGAGCUGGAGGCCCCCAUCCUCGUCCCCCACGCCGCCCACAAAGGGGAGCAACGGUUCCCGUUCGAGUCCCUGUUCCGCAGCCAGCACUACGCCCUCCUGGACAACUCGUGCCGCGAGUACCUCUUCCUGUGCGACUUCUUCUCGGUGUGCGGCCCCGCCGCCCUCGACCUCUUCAACGCCGUCAUGGGCCGCACCCUGGCCGUCACCCUGAAACACCUGGACUCCUACCUGUCGGGCUGCUACGACGCCAUCGCCGUCUUCCUCUGCAUCCACCUGGUCCUGCGCUUCCGGGCCAUCGCCGCCAAGAGGGACGUCUCCGCGCUGGACAGGUACUGGGAGCAGGCCCUGGCGGUCCUGUGGCCGCGCUUCGAGCUGAUCCUGGAGAUGAACAUCCAGAGCAUCCGCGGGUCCGACCCCCAGCGCCUCGGGGAGCUGGACACCAGGCCCCACUACAUCACCCGCCGCUACGCCGAGUUCUCCUCCGCCCUGGUCAGCAUCAACCAGACCAUCCCCAGCGAGCGCACCCUGCAGCUCCUCGGCCAGCUACAGGUGGAGGUGGAGAACUUCGUGCUGCGCGUGGCCGCCGAGUUCUCGUCCCGGAAGGAGCAGCUCAUCUUCCUGAUCAACAACUACGACAUGAUGCUGGGCGUCCUCAUGGAGCGGGCGGCCGACGACAGCAAGGAGGUGGAGGGGUUUCAGCAGCUGCUCAACGCCCGGACCCAGGAGUUCAUCGAGGAGCUGCUGUCGCCUCCGUUCGGGGGGCUGGUGGCCUUCGUCAAGGAGGCCGAGGCCCUGGUGGAGCGGGGACAGGCCGACCGACUCCGCGGGGAGGAGGCGCGCGUGAGCCAGCUGGCCCGCGGGUUCGCCUCCACCUGGAAGGUGUCCGUCGAGUCCCUGAGCCAGGACGUCAUGAGGAGCUUCACCAACUUCAAAAACGGGACCAGCAUCAUCCAGGGCGCGCUGACCCAGCUGAUCCAGUACUACCACCGCUUCCACCGCCUCCUGUCGCAGCCGCCCCUGCGCUCCCUCCCGGCCCGCGCCGACCUCAUCAACAUCCAUCACCUCAUGGUGGAACUCAAGAAGCACAAGCCCAACUUCUGAGCUGUGCUGAGCGCCCGCGCCGAGCGCCGGGAAGGGGGGCGGCACGACAAUAAACACAGAGGCGUGCCCACC